AUGACUGUUCCGCGAAUUUCACCUGCACGACUGGAGAUUGUAAACCCGGAUGGUCGGGGGUCACGUGUCAAAGACGUACAGAACAUAGCGAGAGGCAGACCGGCACAACAAAGUACCACACUGGAUGACUCGACCAUGUGUCCGGACUACAACUGGGCGGUGUGCGGACUGAAAUCAGCCGACCUGGCGGUAGAUGGCGACACGUGGGCGGACCACGCCUUCAACUACUGGAAGGGCAGCUGUUCUCACACGAACGUCACGGACAACGUGACGGCGUGGUGGCGAGUGGACCUGGGGUCCGUGCACCGGGUGACGCGGGUCGGGAUCUACAGACCCACCAACUGGAGAGUCAAGGAGAGGACGAGCUCCUCCGUCUUUGAUCAUCGACUGCGAGGGUUCCAGGUGUUGGUGGACGGGCAGGUGUGCUAUAACCACUCCGUCGGAUUUAAGACGCCUCCCUAUCACCUCAUCACGUGCGCGCGGCCUCUGUACGGGUCAAAGGUUACGAUCGUGCUGCCACCUGGGAGUCAGGGAGCCAGGGGCGAGUACCUCAUCAGUCUCUGUGAGGUGCAGGUGUAUGAGUGUAGUGAUUUUUGGUUUGGCGAGGAGUGUGACAAGCGGUGCAACUGUCGUGAUCAGGCGGAAGUGUGCGACAAAGUUUCCGGAGCGUGUUCGGCGAGUGGCUGUAGAGGUCACUGGUCUGGUCCUGGGUGUCAAGACUGUACGAGGGAGGUGAAAGGAACAGAAUGUAUCACUGCGUGCGGUCAAUGUCGGCCCGGGGACAUGUGCACCUCCGGCGGGGGGUGUCCACACGGAUGCCAGGAUGGAUGGGCGGGAUCUGCCUGUACAGAGUGUGCAGAUCGGAGGUUCGGCGCGGCGUGUAACCAGUUUUGCAACUGCCGCGACGCCGUGGAGGUCUGCGACAGAACCACGGGGCAGUGUCACGACAGCGGGUGUGCGGACGGGUGGACGGGCACAGACUGCAUGUCUCACUGUCCCAACGGAACAUUCGGGUUCCAGUGUAAGGGCGUGUGCGGACGGUGUACCGGUGCGGACGUGUGUCAUCGUGUGACUGGCGUCUGUCCGGCUGGCUGUCAGUACGGAUGGACUGGGCUUACAUGUAAUGAGUGUAAUGACUUCCACUUUGGACCUGACUGUAGUAAGAAGUGUGAGUGUAGGGAUACACAGGAAGUGUGUGACAAGGCAGAUGGUCACUGCUCUAGUGGAUGUAAGGACGGCUACUCUGGAAGAGACUGUCAAACAGCCUGCAGUGAUGGCCUGUUCGGAUCUGGCUGUACUCAGCACUGUGGUUAUUGUGUUGGAGGCGCCGUCUGCUUCAGAUACAACGGGACUUGCCCUGGAGGAUGUCUGGCGAGAAGAAAAGAACCAUUUUGUCGAGAAUGUAUUGAUGGCUACUUUGGCGAGUCCUGUGACCGGAUGUGCGGCCAUUGUAAAGACAGCGCGCGUUGCGACGGAAGGACAGGCGACUGUCCGUUCGGGUGUCUUCCCGGAUGGAGAGGAAAGCGUUGUUUAACGGUUUGUGAGUUGGGUUUCUAUGGAGACGAGUGCUCCGUGAGUUGCGGACACUGCGCCUACAUGCCCUGCAGUCCGGACACGGGUCGGUGUGUGAGGGGGUGCCAGGUGGGCUACACUGGAUACCACUGCACGGAAUGUGAGUAG